CCGGAAAUCCGUGCUUUUACUUUACCUACCAAAACAUCCACCUAACUUCAGUGCACAGUUCCCUGCCGCCUGUGCAGAUGCCGCGUUUGGAAAAGUCAAAAGGGACAAAAAGACUGAAAUUAGACUGGACAUUUGUUCAGAGGUUCUGCAGCAUCCAGAAGGUCCUGUUCCCAUCAUGGAUCAGUCAAAGUGCUCUGAUGUUUGGGACGCUGCUUGCUGUCACUCUGACAGAGCAGCUGAUCAUUUACCAAGUGGGUAUCCUCCCCAGCCACUUCUACAAUGUGCUGGCAGACAAAGAUAACUCAGGCUUCAAGAGUCUGGUGAGCACAGCUAUGGUGCUCAUCUUGUUCAACUCCACAUUGAAAAGUAUCGACCAGUACAUUUGCAAUCAGAUGUAUGUUAGCUGGAGGAGGACGCUAACUGAGAGCCUCCAUACGUCCUACUUCCAGGGCCGAGUCUAUUACACGCUUAAUGUACUCAGAGAGGAUAUAGACAACCCAGACCAGCGAAUCAGUCAGGAUGCAGAGAGGUUGUGUAAGCAGAUGAGCAGCAUGGCAAGUCGCUUGAUAGUGUCACCGUUCACACUGGCUUACUACAGUUACCACUGCUUUUACAGCACUGGCUGGAUCGGUCCUGUGAGUAUCUUUGGCUACUUUGUGAUUGGGACUAUUGCCAAUAAAAUCCUCAUGGGGCCGAUUGUGUCGACUCUGUAUGAGCAAGAAAAACUGGAGGGGGACUUCAGAUUCAAGCACAUGCAGAUCCGUGUCAAUGCAGAGUCUGCAGCUUUUUACAGAGCGGGUAAAGUGGAGCACAUGAGGACCGACCGCAGACUGCAGGCUCUGUUACAAACUCAGAAGAGUCUAAUAAACAAAGAGCUCUGGCUUUAUAUCGGGGUAAACACCUUUGACUACCUUGGAGGUUUCCUCAGCUACAUUAUAAUCGCCAUUCCCAUCUUCACUGGUCUUUAUGAUGGUCUCACUCCUGGGGAGCUCAGUGCACUCAUCAGUAAGAAUGCCUUUGUGUGCAUCUAUUUGAUAAAUGGCUUCACGCAGCUAAUAGACCUGUCAACCACUCUGUCAGAUGUGGCUGGAUACACCCACAGGAUUGGGGAGCUGAGGGAGGUGAUGGAUGAUAUCCUACACAAGCAGUGUGACUAUGACCCGGCGUCAGGGGAAAGCUACGACUUUGACAGUGACUUUAACGUCCACGCAGACCCUGUGGACACUGCCUUCAUCCUGGACCAUCUUUCAUACAAAGCUCCGUACUCAGACAAGCUGCUAGUGGAGGAUCUGAGUUUGAAAAUCAGCCAGGGAACACAUCUACUGGUGGUGGGGAACACAGGCACCGGCAAGACGUCACUACUGAGGGUCCUCAACAGACUCUGGGAGGCACACAGUGGUUUUGUCCAGAUGACCACAUGUUUCGGGCCCAGAGGAACCCUCUUCCUGCCCCAGAAACCGUACCUGACUGAUGGCACACUGCGUGAACAGUUGAUCUACCCAUUGAAGGAUAUUUACCCUGCAUCAGGAUCAGUGGACGAUGACAGAAUCAUACAAUUCCUGGAACUAGCUGGAGUGUCUAGUCUCCUGGAGCGGACAGGCGGGCUGGAUGCAAAGGUGGACUGGAACUGGUAUGAUGUUCUAUCUCCAGGUGAAAUGCAGCGUCUCUGCUUUGCACGACUCUUCUACCUGCAGCCCAAAUAUGCAGUGUUGGAUGAGGCCACCAGUGCUCUGACAGAGGAGGCAGAAGGACAGCUGUACCGAACCUGUAAACAGCUCGGCAUGACUUUGGUCAGUCUGGGGCACCGCAGCAGCCUGGAAAAGUACCAUGACGUCCAGUUGAAACUAUGUGGAGGAGGCCAGUGGGAGGUAACCAAGUUAAAAGGAGGCAAUGGGAGAAAAAGCCCUGAGAAUGCAAAGUCCUCUCUAUUAAAAUCCUGGACAUGAAGAACGCUUAAGUGUGGGAGACGAGGACAGAAAACACUCCUGAAUUCUUCAGUUAGUAACACUAGAGGUACUUUAAAACCCAGAUCCUCCAGUGGAGGUGGACAGCUGUGCUCAUGCAGUGUUUAUGUAUUCCUGUAACAUCAGGAAGGAAAGACUCAGUACAUCUUGUGUGCCUUUUUACAUUUGUUUUUUUGAUUAUGUUUACAAUCACUACAUUGGGAAUAUUAGUACCAAUAAUGUAACUCCUAUCAAGAGCAGAGUACAUCUGUAGAUUAUAUAGUAUUUACCUGAUUUUAUAACAAUGUCAUAUUUACAAUAAAAGCUAAAAUGUA